AUGGUGGCCGGCUCCAGGUCGUCAUUGAGGCGUCCUACACUACGAGGCCACAAAUCAUCCAGCUCCAGCAGUCCGAUCAACAACGAACCGCCACCACUCUUGCCCACGUCCGGCAAUGAAGGCAUUGCACUUCGAUCCAAACGCCUUCGAGCCGCUACCAUUACUGCGCCUGAGCAUGAUCUAAAGAGACGCCGGUUGUCGACAACCAAGAGCGAAAAACCGCAGCUACGGAUCCCGCUUCGCAGUCGAGGGGGUGUACCUAAAGUCCUUUCACCACCUCCCGCCACCGCCCCGACUGCGGUGCCUCCCAAACCUGCUCCCAGGGCAAAUCCCGCACAGAUCAACCACAACAACUAUAACACCACCACCCUUAUCGACUCCCCUAUAUCCCCUAGUGCGAAGUCACAAUAUGAUCAGAUCAGACUCAUUGAAGAGAAGGCUAGAGCCGCAAUCCGAGGGGAUGGUCUAUCCGCAAACCACGAAGACCGGCGAAAGUUACGCUCAGAAGAUGGAGGGUCUCGGGCUAAAACGGAGCUUGCGCAGUAUUUCCCUGACUUCGAGGAGAUGCUGAGUCUGAAGCCACCUGAUCCAGAAGCAUUGACCGCCAGGACGAAAGUUAUCCUAAUUGAUGAUACGCCCGGCUUUGAACCAAAUCCCUCCAAGUCUGACCCUUUUGGAGCGCAGAAGUCGCUACACAACACACAAAUCAUCCACCUGGGCGAAGACGGCGACGCUGCCGAUCCUGCCCAAGGCGAUCCUCUGGGCGAAGAUGUGUAUAUCAAGAUCCAUGCAAAGGCCGAAAGGCAUGAGAAACAGAUGAAGAAUAGUGACCGAGAACGGGCCCAGCAUGAAAAGUACCAACUGGACAAGCUCCUGGAAGACCUACGGGGGCCAGACUGGUUAAAGACCCUGGGAAUAACGGGCAUCACCGAGACAGAGAAGAAGCGAUAUGAGCCUAAACGACUGUUGUUCAUCCGAGAAACUCAAGCGUUGAUUGACAAGUUCAAAAGAUGGAAAGAGGAAGAAAAGCGCAGAAAGUUAGAGCGAGAACAGGAGUUGCUGGAAGCGGCCAUGUUGGAGGAAGAAGAGGACGAAGGCGUUGACGCAGACAACGAGAGUUCAGGCCGCGCCACAUCCAUCGAGGAAGGAAGUCUUGACACUGCAUCGACCCACGCCCCGAAUUCAAGUGAGCUCGACGCGCUUGCAUCGCAACAACUCAUUGAGGAAGCAAAGAUUGCCAAUAAACGCAGAAAGCCGGCGCCUGCACCAUGGGUUGAGCCUCCGCCGCCCAAGCCUUUCCUUUCCUUUUUCGACAAACGGCAUUUGCGAGAUGCCGCAGUUGCUGGUCGCCAGAGGGGACGCACCCUUCUUGCAUUUGGCCAUCCUAUUCCCGACCUUCUGGAGGAAGAUUUUAAGCUGCCGGACGAUAUUCUUACGGCUGAAGCAAUCAAAGCAAGGCAGCGGUCCCGCAGGCGAAUGAGGAGGGGCGGUGAAUAA